AGUCAUUGAACUGUGCAGCUGCUUUAAACCAAAGAAGAAGAGAACCAGGAACUGCAGCACAGCAGAUACAGCCAGUGUGCAGACCAGAGUUUUCUUGUUAAAUCAGGAUGGAAACUGUGAUCAACUGUUUCAAGAGGAGGCCAGAUGCUGUGGCCAGGCUGAUCUGCUUCCCCUGGGCAGGUGGAGGGUCCAUACACUACGCUCGCUGGGGAAACGUCCUCACCUCUGUUGAAGUGUUUGCUGUCAAACUUCCCGGCAGAGAGAGUCGAGCCAGAGAGCCUUUCUUUCAGAGCAUGCAGCAGAUCGUGGAUGAAGUUAUCGGUGCGUUGCUGCCGGUGUUGAAAGAGAAGCCGUUUGCUCUGUUUGGCCACAGCUUCGGUGCCUUCACGAGUUUCGCUGUCGCAGAUGCUCUGAAGAAACUUCACAACGUGGAACCAGUUCACAUCUUUCUGUCUGGUGCUUCUGCACCGUAUUCUGAGAUUCGCAUCAACGCCCCGAAGAGAAGCGAUUUAUCGGACGACCAGUUUCUCAAGUGGCUGGUUUCGAUCGGAGGAACUCCUCCAGAUCUUCUGGAAAACCCGGAGUUCCUGAGGCUGUUCCUGCCGUCCCUGAAGGCCGACCUCCACGUGGUGGAGAACUACAGGCGAAACAAACCAGAGAGCCCUUUCCUCUCCUGCCCCGUCACGUGCUUUGAUGGAAAGGAUGAUAUUCCUCACGAUUUACAAGCUUGGAAAGACAUUACGUCGGGAGAGUUCACCAUCAGGAUGUUCGACGGGUCUCACUUCUACCUGAAGGAUCCUGGGAAUGAGAAAAUCAUUUUAGAUAACGUCACAAAACACUUGGAAACAGCAGAAAUGGAUUAUUUGUGAUACUUCUACAGUAUGGUUUUUCUUUUUUACUAAUUCAUCGUAACGUGAUUUAAUUUUUGUACAAUUAAUUCCCAGACUUAUAAAAUAAUAAUGACCAAAGCUACAAGCUGACAAAUGUACAUAUCUGAAAUAAACUGCUUCUUGAAUUAUUUUAAUUAAA